AUGAUCGAAAAAAUAUCUUAAAAAUGCAAAGAAUUAUUUCUGCAGUCUGAUAUUUAUGGGUAGAGCGUUAUUAUUCAUUUAGGCAAAAAGAAAUAUCACUAAACUUAUGUUGGUUCGUGUUUUACUUUACUAACAGCCAUAAUUAUGGGAGUAGCUUUAUUCUAUUUAAUGUAAGAGUUCAUAUAAAAAUAAGAUCCAACGGUCAUAUCAUUAGAAGCUAUGAUUAGUGAUGGAAAUAAUUACUUAGAUUAGAUUAAAAAAAUUAAGUUUGGAAUUCAAUUCUUUGAUGAAUCAGCGAGCAUAAUUACAGAAGAAUAGGAGUUAUAAAAUAUUCAAGAGUCUAUCAGUUUUAAAUUAUGCUCUGAAGAAGAUUAUACCAAAUGUGUUUAAAUACCUACAAUGAAUGUAGAACUAGACAAUACCUAGGAAGAUCUAAACUCUAAAUAUAUUUAACCAAAUUUAAGUUAUGUCGAUUUUGAAUAAUUUUUGCUGUAGAACAUCAAUAAAUUAAGCUAAUGGAGUUUAUAGAUCUUCAUAGAAUAAAAUAUUUCUUUAACUUAAGCAAAAUACUGGUAAAUAACUUGCUUUGACUCGUAUAUUGAUAUAUAAAAUUAUGAAAAUCCAGUUUAAACUUUUAGGAGAAAUUAUUUUAUGUAUUUAUAUGAUAAUAAAACUCAUUAUCAGUUUGAUUUCCUAAAUGUAAAUGUUCAAACAGAUAAAGGCAUGAUGUAUGAAGACAUAACAAAAUAGGAAUAUUUAACAAUAAAAGAUACUAGCUUUUCAACUCUUUCAAAUGAUUAUCUUUACGCUUAGUGUGUAGAAAUUAUAUUAGAUAGGAAGCUAAAGGUUGUAAAAAGAAGUUAUCUUAAGAUAUAAAACAUUCUUACGUAAAUUGGUGGUCUUAUCAAAAUUGUAGUUUUAUUCUUUUAAUUUGUUUCAUCCCCGCUUAUUAAAUUAUCAUUACAAUUAGAGUUAGUUAACUCUGUAUUUUAGUUUGAAGACCAAGAGAAUAUUAUUGAUGAGAAUUAAUAGAGCAAAUCUAAAAACUCAAAAUAUGUGGAUGAUAAGGCAGAUAGUAUUAUGUAUAACGAUAACUCAAAUAAAAAUUAAUAGUAAUAAAAUAAUCUAACUGAGUUUUCAAGGAAUAGAUUUUUUAAAUUGACGUUAAAUUUAAAUAAAAACGCAAAUAUUCAUUAGGAUUAGUAAAACUGUACUAACUAGAAAACAAUAGAAGAGUGUGUAAUAAUAAAUAAAAAGAAUAGCAAAUCAGAAAUAGAUCAAAUUGAAUAAAACAAUUCUUAUAAUAGCACCAUUAAUGCUUAGAAAAAAAAUAGUAUUUUUAAGCUGGAUCAACUUCAAUCUCUCAAUUUAGCUCAGACUGAUAUUAAGCAAAAUCCAUAACUGUCAUUCUAAAAAUAGCAAAAUAAAUUAAAAAAUAAGCAUGAUAACUCUCUUAAAUCAAUGAAUUGCUCAGCUGGUGUAUUUGGCCCAAAAGAGAUGAAUAAUAAUAUUAAUAAUCAAAGCGCAAUUUAGAACAUAAUGAGCUUGUCUUAGAAUUAAAAUCAUGUUGCAGAUGCCUCUCUAUUUUCUCCAAAAACAUAGAGAAAUAAAUCUCAUUCAUUGUUCUAACAAAACUAUUAAAGUAACCAUGGAUUUUAGACAAACUUAUAAAUGUUAAAAGGUUCUGAGGAAGCUAAUAAAGCUAAACUAAUUAAAAAGCUAGUGCAUUAAAAGCUCACCAAAUUAAGCAUGAGAAACUCUAGCUAACCUGACUCUCCACUUUAGAGUGUUGAAAUGGAAUAAGCUAGAGACAUGGUUAAGGGUAAAAAAAAUGAAGGUUUCAAUAGCAUUUUUAUCAAACUUUUCAAAAAUGUGACUCAUAAUUAUUUAGUGAUGAAGUUUUUAGACAAAAUCAAAUAUCUCUUAAAAAUAAAAUUCAACAAGCGACAGCAACUUAAGUUUUCUAUGGACAAAAUAAGCGAACGCUUAGAUAUUAUCUUUAUAAUUAAAAAAAUUGUUGAAAUAGAUAAACUGAAAAUGAUUUUAUUUGACUAAAAUUAGCUUAAAAUAUUUGAAUAUCUACCUCGCCCUAUAAUUAAAUUUGAUCCUUACACUAUAGAGGAAAAUGAUAAAUUAAAAAUGGAACAAAAUAGAAUUAAAAAUUUAGAUGGGAUUAAAAAUGCAAAUCAUUCCAUUCAAGAAAAUAACUACAGUGAUGAUGCAAAUAAUGUCCACGAGUUAUGGUAGCAUGCCCUAAUUGAAAGUGAUAAGCCUUACUUUUAGAAAGUUCAUGAAGCAGCUAAAGCAUAUGAAACGCUAAUCAAAAAAGAAAGCAAAGAUAUUUAUGAUAUGCGUCUUUUAUAAUUUCUUGACAACAAAAGAAGAGAUUAUUUUGAAGAGAUGCUUAAACCAAGCUCUCCCUCAGUUACCAGCUAAAAUUAAAAACUGUAAGAUUACAUAAAUAAAAGAAAUCAUUAUCCUGGAAACGAACCAGUUUUAGAUUAAAUACCAGAAAAUUAAUUUUCUAAUAAAUAAAUAACACUUUAAAAUGUAAAUAUUCCAAUAAAUGGAAGUUUGAUCUUAGGUAAGUCUCUAAGUUAAAAUGGUAUGCAAUAAAAUGUAGAUAAAUAGACUAGUUUAAAUCAAGACCUUAAAGAAAUGAAUUACUAGGAUAAUGGUAAAAAUAUGUAGACGGCUAUUUAAAAUUAAAAUUAUUUGAAAUAAAAAAAUACCAGUGAAUAAAGUUAGCUUUAAAUUUCAAUUAAUCAAAGUUAAGAUUUUUAUGAAGGAGAUUAGAAGUAUUUACCUUCAAUUAAACAAAUAGAUUUUAUGGAUUAAAUUAAUAAAUUCAUGCAAUAGAAAGAAAUAAUUAACAAAUUAUGA